AUGGCUUACUGGCCACAGUUGAGGUUGCUGCUGUGGAAGAACCUCACUUUCAGAAGAAGACAAACAUGUCAGCUGUUGCUGGAAGUGGCCUGGCCCCUAUUUAUCUUCCUGAUCCUGAUCUCUGUUCGGCUGAGCUACCCACCCUAUGAACAACAUGAAUGCCACUUUCCAAACAAAGCCAUGCCCUCUGCAGGAACGCUUCCUUGGGUUCAGGGGAUUAUCUGUAAUGCCAAUAACCCUUGUUUCCGUUAUCCGACUCCUGGUGAGGCCCCUGGAGUUGUUGGAAACUUUAACAAAUCCAUUGUGUCUCGCCUGUUCUCAGAUGCUCAGCGGCUUCUUUUAUACAGUCAGAAAGACACCAGCAUGAAGGACAUGCACCAAGUUCUAAGGACAUUACAGCAGAUUGAGAAUUACAACUCAAGCUUGAAGCUUCAGGAUUUCCUAGUGGACAAUGAAACCUUCUCUGGAUUCCUGACUUACAACCUCUCUCUGCCAAGGCCUACUGUGGACAAAAUGCUGGGGGCUGAUGUCAGUCUCCACAAGGUAUUUUUGCAAGGCUACCAGUUACAUUUGACCAAUCUGUGCAGUGGAUCAAAAUUAGAAGAGGUGAUUCAACUUGGUGACCAAGAAGUUUCCAUGCUGUGCGGCUUGCCAAGGGAGAAACUGGAUGCAGCAGAGCAAGUACUUCGUUCCAAUGUGGACAUCCUGAAGCCGAUCCUGACAGAACUAAACUAUACAUCUCCUGUCCUGAGCAAGGAACUGACUAAGGCCACAAAAACUUUGCUGGAUAGUCUUGGGACUCUGGCCCAAGAGCUGUUUAGCAUGAGCAGCUGGAGUGACAUGCGGCAGGAGGUGAUGUUCCUGACCAGUGUGAACAGCUCCAGCUCCUCCACCCAGAUCUACCAGGCUGUGUCCCGCAUUGUGUGUGGCCAUCCAGAGGGUGGGGGCCUGAAGAUCAAGUCCCUCAACUGGUACGAGGACAACAACUACAAAGCCCUCUUUGGAGGCAACGGCACUGAGGAAGAUGCUGGCACCUUUUAUGACAAUUCUACAACCCCUUAUUGCAAUGAUUUGAUGAAGAAUCUGGAGUCCAGUCCUCUUUCCCGCAUCAUAUGGAAAGCUCUAAAGCCUCUGCUUAUUGGGAAGAUCCUAUAUACACCUGACACUCCAGCCACAAGGCAGGUGAUGGCUGAGGUGAAUAAGACCUUUCAGGAACUGGCUGUGUUUCAUGAUUUGGAAGGCAUGUGGGAAGAGCUCAGCCCUAAGAUCUGGACCUUCAUGGAGAGUAACCCAGAAAUGGACCUUGUUCGGACACUGUUGGGCAGCAGAAGCAAUGACCACUUUUGGGAACAGCAAUUAGAUGGCUUAGAUUGGACCGCUAAAGACAUCCUGGCAUUUUUGGCCAAGCACCCAGAGGAUGUCCAGUCUGCCAAUGGCUCUGUAUACACCUGGAGAGAAGCCUUCAAUGAGACCAACCAGGCAAUUCAGACCAUCUCUCGUUUCAUGGAGUGUGUCAACCUGAACAAGCUCGAACCGAUAGCAACAGAAGUCCGGCUCAUCAACAAGUCCAUGGAGCUGCUGGAUGAGAGAAAGUUCUGGGCUGGGAUCGUGUUCACCGGAAUCACUCCUGGCAGUGUUGAGCUGCCCCAUCAUGUCAAGUACAAGAUCCGAAUGGAUAUUGACAAUGUGGAGAGGACAAAUAAAAUCAAAGAUGGGUACUGGGACCCAGGUCCUCGGGCUGACCCCUUUGAGGAUAUGCGGUACGUCUGGGGGGGCUUUGCCUACUUGCAAGAUGUGGUGGAACAGGCAAUCAUCAGGGUGCUGACUGGCACUGAGAAGAAAACUGGUGUUUAUGUGCAGCAGAUGCCGUACCCCUGUUAUGUCGAUGACAUCUUCCUGCGGGUGAUGAGCCGGUCGAUGCCUCUGUUCAUGACGCUGGCCUGGAUCUACUCCGUGGCUGUGAUCAUCAAGGGCAUCGUGUAUGAGAAGGAGGCGCGGCUGAAGGAGACCAUGCGCAUCAUGGGCCUGGACAAUGGCAUCCUCUGGUUCAGCUGGUUCAUCAGCAGCCUCAUUCCUUUGCUCGUGAGCGCCGGCCUGCUGGUGGUCAUCCUAAAAUUAGGAAACCUGCUGCCCUACAGCGACCCCAGCGUGGUGUUUGUCUUUCUGUCGGUGUUUGCUGUGGUGACCAUCCUGCAGUGCUUCCUGAUCAGCACACUCUUCUCCAGAGCCAACCUGGCGGCAGCCUGCGGGGGCAUCAUCUACUUCAUGCUCUACCUGCCCUAUGUCCUGUGCGUGGCGUGGCAAGACUAUGUGGGCUUCACGCUCAAGAUCUUCGUGAGCCUGCUGUCUCCUGUGGCUUUUGGGUUUGGCUGUGAAUACUUCGCCCUUUUUGAGGAGCAGGGCAUUGGGGUGCAGUGGGACAACCUGUUUGAGAGCCCCAUGGAGGAAGAUGGCUUCAACCUCACCACGUCAGUCUCCAUGAUGCUGUUCGACACCUUUAUCUAUGGAGUGAUGACGUGGUACAUCGAGGCUGUCUUUCCAGGCCAGUAUGGAAUACCCAGGCCCUGGUAUUUUCCUUGCACCAAAUCCUACUGGUUCGGUGAGGAAAGCGAUGAGAAGAGCCACCCUGGUUCCAGCCAGAAGGGAAUAUCAGAAAUUUGCAUGGAGGAGGAACCCACACACCUGAAGCUGGGCGUGUCCAUUCAGAACUUGAUGAAGGUUUACCGAGAUGGCAUGAAGGUGGCUGUUGAUGGCCUGGCCUUGAAUUUCUAUGAGGGCCAGAUUACCUCCUUCCUGGGCCACAAUGGAGCUGGGAAGACCACCACCAUGUCAAUCCUGACGGGGUUGUUCCCUCCCACCUCGGGCACUGCCUACAUCCUGGGAAAAGACAUUCGCUUUGAGAUGAGCACCAUCCGGCAGAACCUGGGGGUCUGUCCCCAGCACAAUGUGCUGUUUGACAUGCUGACUGUGGAAGAACACAUCUGGUUCUAUGCACGUCUAAAGGGGCUCUCAGAGAAGCAUGUGAAAGCAGAGAUGGAGCAAAUGGCCCUGGAUGUUGGUUUGCCUCCCAGUAAACUGAAAAGCAAAACGAGUCAGCUCUCAGGUGGAAUGAAGAGAAAGCUGUCUGUGGCUUUGGCCUUUGUUGGGGGAUCCAAGGUUGUCAUUCUGGAUGAGCCCACAGCUGGUGUGGACCCUUACUCCCGCAGGGGAAUAUGGGAGCUACUGCUGAAAUAUCGACAAGGCCGGACCAUUAUUCUUUCCACACACCACAUGGAUGAAGCAGACAUCCUGGGGGACAGGAUUGCCAUCAUUUCCCAUGGGAAGCUGUGCUGUGUGGGCUCCUCCCUGUUUCUCAAGAACCAGCUGGGAACAGGCUACUACCUGACCCUGGUCAAGAAAGAUGUGGAAUCCUCCCUCAGUUCCUGCAGAAAUAGCAGUAGCACUGUGUCAUACCUGAAGAAGGAGGACAGUGUUUCUCAGAGCAGUUCUGAUGCUGGCCUGGGCAGCGACCAUGAAAGUGACACGCUGACCAUCGAUGUAUCCGCUAUCUCCAACCUCAUCAGGAAGCAUGUGGCUGAGGCCCGGCUAGUGGAAGACAUUGGGCAUGAGCUGACUUAUGUGCUGCCCUAUGAAGCUGCAAAAGAGGGGGCCUUUGUGGAACUCUUCCAUGAGAUUGAUGACCGGCUCUCAGACCUGGGCAUCUCUAGUUAUGGCAUCUCAGAGACUACGCUGGAAGAAAUAUUUCUCAAAGUGGCUGAAGAGAGUGGGGUGGAUGCUGAGACUUCAGAUGGCACCUUGCCAGCAAGACGAAACAGACGGGCCUUUGGGGACAAGCAAAGCUGUCUUCGCCCAUUCACUGAAGAUGAUGUCAUUGAUCCUAAUGAUUCUGAUGUAGACCCAGAAUCCAGAGAGACAGACCUGCUCAGCGGGAUGGACGGCAAAGGCUCCUACCAGGUGAAGGGCUGGAAACUCACACAGCAGCAGUUUGUGGCCCUUCUGUGGAAGAGGCUGCUGAUUGCCAGACGGAGUCGGAAGGGAUUCUUUGCUCAGAUUGUCCUGCCAGCUGUGUUUGUCUGCAUUGCCCUGGUGUUCAGCUUGAUCGUGCCACCCUUUGGCAAGUACCCCAGCCUGGAGCUUCAGCCCUGGAUGUACAACGAACAGUACACAUUUGUCAGUAAUGAUGCUCCUGAGGACAUGGGCACCCAGGAACUCUUGAAUGCCCUCACCAGAAACCCUGGCUUCGGGACCCGCUGUAUGGAAGGAAACCCAAUCCCAGACAUGCCUUGCUCAGUGGGGGAAGAGGAGUGGACCACCGCCCCGGUUCCCCAAACCAUCACGAAACUCUUCCAAAGUGGCAACUGGACGAUGGAGAACCCCUCACCUGCCUGCCAGUGUAGCAGCGACAAAAUCAAGAAGAUGCUGCCUGUGUGUCCCCUGGGGGCAGGGGGGCUGCCUCCACAAAGGAAACAGAACACUGCAGACAUCCUUCAGAACCUGACGGGAAGAAACAUUUCGGAUUAUCUUGUGAAGACCUAUGUGCAGAUCAUAGCCAAAAGUUUAAAGAACAAGAUCUGGGUGAAUGAGUUUAGGUACGGAGGGUUUUCUCUGGGUGCCAGUAAUUCUCAUUCACUUCCUUCAAGUCAAGAAGUUAAUAAUGCCAUCAAGCAAGUGAAGAAACACUUGAAGCUGGCCAAGGACAGUUCUGCAGAUCGAUUUCUCAGCAGCUUGGGAAGAUUCAUGACAGGACUAGACACGAAAAAUAACGUCAAGGUGUGGUUCAACAACAAGGGCUGGCAUGCCAUCAGUUCUUUCUUGAAUGUCAUGAACAAUGCCAUCCUCCGGGCCAACCUGCAGAAGGGAGAGAACCCCAGCCAGUAUGGGAUUACCGCUUUCAAUCACCCUCUGAAUCUCACUAAGCAGCAGCUCUCAGAAGUGGCUCUGAUGACUACAUCAGUGGAUGUCCUUGUGUCCAUCUGUGUCAUCUUUGCAAUGUCCUUCGUCCCGGCCAGCUUUGUGGUGUUCCUGAUCCAAGAGCGGGUCAGCAAAGCAAAACACCUGCAGUUCAUCAGUGGAGUGAAGCCUGUCAUCUAUUGGCUCUCCAAUUUUGUGUGGGAUAUGUGCAACUAUGUGGUCCCUGCCACGCUGGUCAUUAUCAUCUUCAUCUGCUUCCAGCAGAAGUCUUACGUGUCCUCUACCAACCUGCCUGUGCUAGCCCUUCUACUCUUGCUGUAUGGGUGGUCGAUCACACCUCUCAUGUACCCAGCCUCCUUCGUGUUCAAGAUCCCCAGCACAGCCUACGUGGUCCUCACCAGCGUGAACCUCUUCAUUGGGAUCAACGGCAGCGUGGCCACUUUUGUGCUGGAGCUAUUCACCAACAAUAAACUGAAUAACAUCAAUGAUAUCCUGAAGUCUGUAUUCUUGAUUUUCCCACAUUUUUGCCUGGGACGGGGGCUCAUCGACAUGGUGAAAAAUCAGGCAAUGGCUGAUGCCCUGGAAAGGUUUGGGGAGAAUCGUUUUGUUUCACCACUGUCUUGGGACUUAGUGGGACGAAACCUCUUCGCCAUGGCUGUGGAAGGGGUGGUAUUCUUCCUCAUCACUGUUCUGAUCCAGUACAGAUUCUUCAUCAGGCCCAGACCUGUAAAUGCAAGGCUUCCUCCGUUGAAUGAUGAGGAUGAAGAUGUGAAGCGGGAAAGACAGAGAAUUCUUGAUGGUGGAGGACAGAAUGACAUCUUGGAAAUCAAGGAGCUGACAAAGAUCUACAGAAGAAAGAGGAAGCCCGCUGUUGACAGGAUUUGCGUUGGCAUUCCUCCUGGCGAGUGCUUUGGACUUCUGGGAGUUAAUGGGGCUGGGAAAUCAUCAACUUUCAAGAUGUUAACUGGAGAUACCACGGUUACCAGAGGAGAUGCUUUCCUUAACAAAAAUAGUAUCUUAUCAAACAUCCACGAAGUGCAUCAGAACAUGGGCUAUUGCCCUCAGUUUGAUGCCAUCACGGAGUUACUGACUGGAAGAGAGCACGUGGAGUUCUUUGCCCUCUUGAGAGGAGUCCCAGAGAAAGAAGUUGGGAAGGUUGGUGAAUGGGCAAUUCGAAAACUGGGCCUCGUGAAGUAUGGAGAAAAAUAUGCUGGUAACUAUAGUGGAGGCAACAAACGGAAGCUCUCAACAGCCAUGGCUUUGAUUGGCGGGCCUCCUGUAGUGUUUCUGGAUGAACCUACCACAGGCAUGGAUCCCAAAGCCCGGAGAUUCCUAUGGAAUUGUGCCUUAAGUAUUGUCAAGGAAGGGAGAUCAGUAGUGCUUACAUCUCAUAGUAUGGAAGAAUGUGAAGCGCUGUGCACUAGGAUGGCAAUUAUGGUGAAUGGGAGGUUCCGGUGUCUUGGCAGUGUCCAGCAUCUGAAAAAUAGGUUUGGAGAUGGUUAUACAAUAGUUGUACGAAUAGCAGGGUCCAACCCUGAUCUGAAGCCUGUCCAGGAGUUCUUUGGACUUGCCUUUCCAGGAAGUGUUCUCAAAGAGAAGCACCGGAACAUGCUCCAGUACCAGCUUCCAUCCUCAUUAUCUUCCCUGGCUAGGAUAUUCAGCAUCCUUUCCCAGAGCAAAAAGCGACUCCAUAUAGAAGACUACUCUGUUUCUCAGACAACACUUGACCAAGUAUUUGUAAACUUCGCCAAGGACCAAAGUGAUGAUGACCACUUAAAGGACUUGUCAUUACACAAAAACCAGACAGUAGUGGAUGUUGCAGUUCUCACAUCUUUUCUCCAGGAUGAGAAAGUGAAAGAAAGUUAUGUAUGA